AUGGGUCAAACACUUUCAGAACCGAUAACCACCAAAGAAACCACGGAAGGUGGCGAUGCACGAGUCCAUUAUGGUGCUUCUUGCAUGCAAGGCUGGAGAAUCAACAUGGAGGACGCUCAUACCACUAUUCCCGAGUACAAGAAUACAGGUGCUAGUUUCUUCGCUGUUUUUGAUGGUCAUGGUGGUCCCAAUGUGGCAAAAUACAGUGGCAAGCACCUACACGAUCUUGUGUUUGAAUCAAAAUACUACAAGGAAGGCGAUAUCAAAGAAGCAUUACGAAGCAGUUUCCUUGGUAUUGACGAGAAACUACGUCAAGACCCCGAAUUCCAGCAUGAAGCAUCCGGAUGUACAGCAGUGGCUGGUUUACUCAGCAAGGACAACAUUCUUUAUGUGAGUAAUGCAGGCGAUUCUCGAGCAAUCAUUUGUACCCGUGGACGUGCUAUCGCUCUUUCUCAAGAUCACAAACCUGGCAAUGAAAAAGAAACGGCUCGAAUUGAAAAGGCAGGUGGCCAUGUUGAAUUUGGUCGUGUAAAUGGUAAUCUUGCAUUGUCACGUGCAUUGGGCGAUUUCGAAUUCAAGGCAAACAAGAAUCUUCCUGCUGAAGAGCAGGCCGUGAGUGCUGAACCCGACGUGCUUGAACAUCAAUUGAAUCCCAACGAUGAAUUUAUGGUGAUUGCAUGCGAUGGUAUCUGGGAUUGUAUGACCAACCAACAGGUCGCCGACUUCGUCCGUGCAAAGAUCAGAGACAAGGUGCCAUUGAAAGAAAUCUGUGAGGAUAUCAUGGAUGAAUGUCUCGCCGAACAAAGCGAUUUUGGAGGAGUUGGUUGCGACAACAUGUCAGUUAUUGUGGUUGCUUUCUUGCAAGGAAAAUCUCUCGAUGCAUGGUACGACAAUGUUGCAGCAAAUGUCCCUGAUUCGUUGAAGGCUCCACCAAAGAAGGUCAUCAAAGCAAGCGCUGCUGCUGCUUCAUCGCCAGCUGGUGAAUCCGUACCAUUGAAUGCUAUCGCAGCUGCCGCAGCAGAAAUCAAACAACAGGAAGGUGACCAUCGACAACAAUAG